CAAACAUUGACUGGCUCGCUGCUUUUGGGUGGUGUAUCUUUAUCUUCAGGAUACAAUUUCCGUUCCGUUCCUUGCCACUGUUCUGCUGUCGAACCCCGAGACCGCAGUGCAACCUAUCCUAACGGGUGACCCUGCGCAAACUAUCCGGCCUAUCGUCUGCAGCUGCGCUUCUCUGCCGACAACAUCCUAUCUUCCUCAAGAUGCCAGCCAAGUCUCGUUUCACGAGGCUUGAUGCCUUCACAAAGACUGUCGAGGAUGCUCGUGUCAGGACAACGUCGGGUGGCAUCGUGACCAUUGUCUCCUUGAUCGUCGUGUUGUACCUGGCAUGGGGCGAGUGGGCAGACUACAGGCGGACAGUGAUACAUCCCGAGCUGAUAGUAGACAAGGGAAGAGGCGAGCGAAUGGAGAUCCACCUCAACGUGACCUUUCCCAAGAUACCUUGCGAGCUCUUGACCCUCGACGUGAUGGACGUGUCCGGCGAGCAGCAACACGGCGUGCAGCAUGGCGUGAGCAAGGUGCGCCUCCGGCCCGAGUCGGAGGGCGGCGGCGUCAUCGACAUCAAGGCCCUGACGCUCCACGACGACGGCGAGUCGGCCAAGCACCUAGACCCGGACUACUGCGGCGAGUGCUACGGCGCGAAGGCCCCCAACAACGCCGAGAAGCCCGGGUGCUGCAACACGUGCGACGAGGUGCGCGAGGCGUACGCGCAGGCGUCCUGGGCGUUUGGCCGCGGCGAGAACGUCGAGCAGUGCACGCGCGAGCACUACGCCGAGCGGCUGGACGAGCAGCGCCACGAGGGGUGCCGCAUCGAGGGCAGCCUGCGCGUGAACAAGGUGGUGGGCAACUUCCACCUCGCCCCGGGCAGGAGCUUCAGCAACGGCAACAUGCACGUCCACGACCUCAAGAACUACUGGGACACGCCCGUCGCCGGCGGCCACUCCUUCUCCCACAUCGUCCACCACCUGAGCUUCGGGCCCCAGCUGCCCGAGGAGCUCGGCAGGAAGCUCGGCACCAAGACCAUGCCCUGGAACAGCCACCACAUGAACCCCCUCGACGGCACCGAGCAGAAGACGGACGACCCCAACUACAACUACAUGUACUUUGUCAAGAUCGUGCCUACAUCCUACUUGCCGCUCGGCUGGGAGAAGAAGUACCGCGAUAUGGUUGCCGACCACAAUGCCGCCCUGGGCACUUUCGGACAGGGUGAGGAUGGUAGCAUCGAGACGCAUCAGUACUCCGUGACGAGCCACAAGCGGAGCUUGUCCGGCGGUGAUGAUUCUGCCGAGGGCCACGCUGAACGUCUCCAUUCCAAAGGCGGCAUCCCGGGCGUGUUCUUCUCAUACGACAUCUCCCCAAUGAAGGUUAUCAACCGCGAAGAGCCGGCCAAGUCGUUUGCCGGCUUCCUAACGGGUCUCUGUGCCGUGCUUGGCGGUACGCUCACUGUUGCUGCGGCGGUGGAUCGAUUCAUGUUCGAGGGCGCCACGAGGUUGAAAAAGAUGAGGUCGAAGGACCUGUAGAGAUGGGAAGGGGAAGGGGAAGGGAAAAUAAGAUGAGGUUGUGAAACAUGGGCUGGUGAUACUAGAGUACCUCCUUUGUUGUCCCUCUGAAUCCCUCUCUAUCUCUCUUUCUAUUUCUGUGUGUGUCUCUCUGUCUUUUCCUCUCUUUCUUUUUUUGCAUGGUCUAGGGAGUUCCGGAAAGGUCGUUUCUGGAAGAUAAAUAUUUUCCAAUCUUUUGCUUCGAAACGAGCUGCAAGAUAGAGCAGCUUGGGAACACUAUCCUAUA